AGAAGUAAGUACCAAAACCUAGGCCAAGAAGAAAAACAUGGCUUCUUUGCUUGAUUCGUGGUGUCUCAGCCUCAUCAUGGUGCUGGCGGCUGUCGGCAGGGCAAUGGCCGCUGGAUAUUCGACGCCUGUGUUUCACACUACUGCUUGGAAAUUAGCGUAUGCCACAUUUUAUGGCGAUGAGACGGCUUCUGCUACUAUGGGUGGAGCUUGUGGAUAUGGAAACUUGUUCACCAACGGCUAUGGGACGGCCACGGCAGCGCUGAGCACAGUGCUGUUCAACAACGGGUACAGUUGCGGGCAGUGCUUCCAGCUCCGGUGCGUGAAUUCCCGGUGGUGCUAUAAGGGGUCGCACAACAACGGCGGCUGGUGCAACCCGCCGCGCUCCCACUUCGACAUGGCCAAGCCCGCUUUCAUGAGGAUUGCGCAGUGGAAGGGCGGCAUCGUGCCCGUCAUGUACCGCAGAGUAACGUGCGUGCGAAAGGGCGGGCUCCGGUUCACCUUCCAGGGGAACGGGUACUGGCUGCUGGUGUACGUGAUGAACGUGGGAGGAGGCGGCGACAUAGCCAGCAUGUGGGUUAAGGGGAGCAAGACCGGGUGGAUAAGCAUGAGCCACAACUGGGGGGCUUCUUACCAGGCCUUUGCAACUCUCGGCGGACAGUCCCUGUCUUUCAAGAUAACCUCCUACACCUCCCAUGAAACUGUCAUUGCCUACAAUGUCGCCCCGGCUAAUUGGCAGGUGGGCAUGACUUAUGGCUCCAAUGUCAACUUCCAUUGAUCAUCAUAUAUCAAUGUGGGCUAGUUAUUAUCUCCCUUCUCUUCAUGCUUUUUGGGCAUGUAGGCUAAGCCAUAAGGGUUUUUCUUUUUUGUUUUUUUGAUAUUUUUUUUGG